UAUAUUCAAAUAGGAUCCGAGCACAUGCUAAUACAACCAGUAAAUAAGUCGGAGACCUCCUUUAGUGGAAAAGAACACUUCAUCAGGCGUAGACGAUCUACGAAAUCAAGCCAUCCCGUGACGCUGCAAGUUCCUGAUGAGCACUGCAAGGUUGUAGCAGAAAAGAAGAGACAAAAGAAGAUGAAAUCAACUAGUGACUGGAGAGAGAGAAGGAACGCCAUUCGACUUACCAAUGAGUACACAGUAGAAACUCUGGUGGUGGCAGAUGCUGAUAUGGUCCAGUACCAUGGUGCAGAGGCUGCCCAAAGAUUCAUCCUCACAGUUAUGAAUAUGGUGUACAACAUGUUUCAGCAUCAAAGCCUUGGAAUUAAAGUCAGCAUUCGAGUGACCAAGUUAGUCCUGCUUCGAAACCGUCCUGCAAAAUUGUCUAUCGGGCAUCAUGGAGAGAGGUCUCUGGAGAGCUUUUGUCACUGGCAAAAUGAAGAAUAUGGUGGAGCAAAAUACCUUGGUAACAACCAGGUUCCUGGUGCGAGGGAUGACACCCCUCCUGUGGAUGCUGCUGUUUUUGUAACCAGGACAGAUUUCUGCGUACACAAAGAUGAGCCUUGUGACACUGUGGGGAUCGCUUACCUGGGAGGUGUCUGCAGUGCCAAGAGAAAAUGUGUUCUUGCUGAAGACAAUGGUCUCAAUCUGGCAUUUACAAUUGCACACGAACUUGGGCACAACAUGGGAAUGAGCCAUGAUGAUGAUCAUCUGUCCUGCGCAGGGAGAUCUCAUAUUAUGUCUGGAGAAUGGGUGAAGGGCAGGAACCCCAGUGACCUUUCCUGGUCUUCGUGCAGCCGUGAUGAUCUUGAAAACUUCCUAAAGUCCAAGGUCAGCACCUGUUUGCUGGUAACAGACCCCCGAAGCCAGUACGCGGUGCGGCUCCCUCACAAGCUGCCGGGAAUGCACUACAGCGCAGAUGAACAGUGCCAGAUCCUCUUUGGGACCAAUGCUACAUUCUGUAAGAAUAUGGAGCAUUUGAUGUGUGCUGGGCUCUGGUGCCUGGUGGAAGGAGAUACAUCCUGUAAAACAAAGUUGGACCCCCCUCUGGAUGGCACUGAAUGUGGCGCAGACAAGUGGUGCCGAGCUGGGGAGUGUGUCAGUAAAACUCCCAUCCCCGAGCAUGUUGACGGAGACUGGAGCGUGUGGAGUCAGUGGAGCAUGUGCAGCCGGACCUGUGGCACAGGAGUGCGGUUCAGACAGCGGAAAUGCGACAAUCCCCCCCCGGGGCCAGGUGGGAAGAACUGCCGGGGAGCCAGUGUGGAGCACACCGUGUGCGAGAACUUGCCCUGCCCUAAAGGUGUGCCAAGCUUCAGGGACCAACAGUGCCAGGCCCAUGACAGAUAUACCAACAAGAAAAAAAGCCUCCUGACGGCUGUCGUCAUUGAUGAUAAGCCAUGUGAGCUCUUCUGCUCUCCGCUGGGGAAGGAUUCCCCUGUGCUGGUGACAGACAGAGUCCUUGAUGGUACUCCAUGUGGGCCCUACGAGACUGACCUCUGUGUACAUGGCAAGUGCCAGAAAAUUGGCUGCGAUGGAAUCAUUGGCUCAGCUGCCAAAGAGGAUCGCUGUGGAAUCUGCAGUGGUGACGGCAAAACCUGUAAAGUGGUGAAAGGCGACUUCAACCACACCAAGGGGAUGGGUUACAUCGAAGCAGCUGUGAUCCCUGCAGGUGCCCGGCGGAUCAGAGUGGUUGAGGAUAAACCUGCUCACAGUUUUCUGGCUCUAAAAGAUUCCAGUAAGAGAUCCAUUAACAGCGACUGGAAAAUUGAGCUUCCUGGUGAGUUUCAGAUCGCAGGCACUACUGUCCGGUACGUGCGAAGGGGUCUGUGGGAGAAAAUCUCUGCCAAAGGACCAACUAAAAUACCACUGCACUUGAUGGUGCUGUUAUUUCACGACCAGAAUUAUGGAAUUCAUUAUGAAUACACCAUUCCUGUAAACUAUACUGCUGAAAACAGAAGCGAGCCAGAAAAGCAACAGGAUUCUUUGUACAUUUGGACACACAGUGGAUGGGAAGGGUGCAGUGUGCAGUGUGGAGGAGGUGAACGAAAAACCGUAGUGUCCUGUACUCGAAUUAUUAACAAGACUAUGACACUGGUGAACGACAGUGAAUGCCAACGAGUGAAUCGCCCCGAGCCCCAGGUCAGGAAAUGUAACACACACCCCUGCCAAUCACGGUGGGUGGCUGGGCAUUGGAGUCCGUGCUCUGCCACUUGCGAGAAAGGUAUCCAGCACCGGGAAGUGACCUGCGUUUAUCAGUUGCAAAAUGGCACCUACGUUAACACGAGAGACCUCUACUGCCUCGGCAACAAACCAACAACUGUACAAAGCUGUGAAGGCCGGGACUGCCUUUCUAUUUGGGAAGCAUCAGAGUGGUCAAAGUGUUCAGCAGACUGUGGCAAGGGGAUCCAGAAAAGAACAGUGACGUGCACAAAUUCUCAAGGAAAAUGUGAUGCAGCCACCAGGCCAAGAGAUGAGGAAGAGUGCGAGGAUCACACAGGCUGUUACGAAUGGAAAACAGGAGAUUGGUCUAAGUGCUCCGCAACUUGUGGGAAGGGUCUCCAGUCACGCGUGGUACAGUGUAUGCACAAAGUUACCGGGCGCCAUGGCAAUGAGUGCCCUGUCCUGUCCAAGCCAGCGGCCUACAGGCAGUGCCACCAAGAGGUCUGCAAUGAGAAGAUAAAUGUCAACACAAUUACCUCGCCCAGACUUGCUGCUCUCACGUACAAGUGUACAGGCGACCAGUGGACAGUGUACUGCAGGGUGAUCCGGGAGAAGAAUCUGUGCCAAGACAUGCGGUGGUAUCAGCGCUGUUGCCAGACUUGCAGAGACUUUUAUGCAAACAAGAUGCAGCAGAAGAGUUAAUGAACCUGUGCUACUUCCUAGGGUAUUACAGCUAUUUGUAUGUAAAUCAUGGACUAUUAGGUCUGAGUACUGGAACUUAAUGAAUUGCUACAAUGUGGUGGAUUCCAAAGCUUACCUAAUAAGACUUGAAACUAGUUCUACAGACUGGAUACCAAAGUAAUCCACUCAUCCACCUUAAAAAAACACGCAGAAAAGAGUCAUCUCAAGGAGCCAAUCAUUUUAUUGUGUUUUGACAUCCUUACCUUUUUCAUUAAUGCUUUUUACUUUAAUAUAUUAAAUUACCAGCCACUGGAUGGCUUGCUACCAUUAAAGAAAAGGACAAGAGUUGCAAAGUGAUUACAUUGACUAAGGUUAUGGGUACCUCUGUGGAGGAAGGCCUCUGGCAAAAUAAUUCAGCAAAGGUAGAGACAUUGCUUAAUCUUUCAGUCUUGGCUUUCAUCUGAUGUUUUUAAUUCCCAACAGUUAUCCUGCUGUGGAGUGGGCUUGGAGGGACACACAUAAAUGAAAGGCUUAAUUUAAAGAGAGGAUUUGCUAUAAAAGCUUGUGAAAACUGAUAGCAGAGGAUGGACAUCUCUGAAAUUCCUGCAGAAAGGCAAUAGCAUCCAACAUUCCACGUCAAAUUUUUAAAACCAAUAGGGACUGUUCUUUCUCAUUUGGAAAAAAAAUCCUCUCUUUCUCUCUCAUUUUCCUAGAAAAAUGUACAAUUCCUUUAUGAAGCCUAUUUUUUCACUGAGCUUAAUGAAGUGGAAGCUUAUUAACAGCAGUAGACAGUCAUUUUAAAGCAAAAACUACUUGCAUGAGAUAGGAGAAGCCAGAAAUCAUUUCAUCCAGUAGUUCACUGGGGAAUUGCUUGGUUUCAUCUCUGCUCUCCAGUUUUUAGAAGUCGAUGUGAUAAUGAGCCUGAAUGUUAUUUUUAAGAGGACUGUGAAACUGGAUAGCGUUGGUACAGAAACAGGAUGUGGACAAGCCUUUGUAUGAAGGCUGGACUGGAGAGCAAAACAGGUGUUUCCCAUCUCUUGGCUCUUGUAUCCAUCUGAGGUUACAUAGCCCUUUGAGUCAAAAGUACUGAUUGAUAUAGGACAUUCAAAGUGAAAUCUUGGGCUUGUUGAAGCCGUAAGGCUAAGACUGCUGUUGCCUUCAGCAGAGGUUAGGAUUUUGCUCACUGUAUUUUAAUGCUUCCUGUCUCCCUUUUGUGGUGCUAUCAGGUUUGGUGCUAUCAGAUUGGUGCUAUCAGAGCACUUGGCAAGUGCUGCAUAUAUGAUAUUCUCUUCCAUGUUUCUGCACUUUAAACCAAACUCCUCUCUGAGAUAUAAGACUUGAAAUGGGAGCGCUACGCAGGGCAGAGUUUGUCCCCUACAUUAGUCCUACAGAUCAAUGUCUCUCUGUCAUAUCUUGCUCUAACAUGUAUCAUUUCCCUUGCCAGGCUCCAAGGCCAGUUGUGCAGUGGUUAAGUUACAGCCCGCUCUUCGUGAUACGAACAGAGCCUUUUGCAUGAAUCGCAGCUUUGUACUCGCUCUAGAACUGGGUGUUACUGUUUCAGUCUUUGAAAAGGAGCACAAGACUCAGCUCAGCUCCUACUGCAGCCCCUGGGCCAGGCUGCAUUGCAGCUCGCGCCUGUCCUCAAGUUGUCAUUGUUGCUGUUUCUUUUUUCCAGCAUUGGGAGGGAUAAAGACUCUUAGGCCCUAACAUGUUUUUAAAGCAACUAUUUCUUUCUUAUUGCAAACCUUUCAAUAUCCAGGACCUCACUGGCAUAACUCAUUAGCAUUUUAUUAUGAGCUAUGUUUUUCAAGCAUAGAGAUCUAAUCUUCAGCAGCAAACUGAUACUGUGUGGGCAUCACGUUUGCAUCUGUGCUUGUCAGCGCAAAUGAGCGUGCGUACACACAAGUGCUGGCCUGUAUGCACAAAGGCACGUUUGCACACAGCUUUCUCUCAAGCGUCUGUCUCAAACAGAUCUGCUUUCCCAUGUCCCAGAUGAUUUUCUCCAUCAGGGAAAUGAUUCUCACUUGGUUUUUGUUAUACUGGAUGCUCUUUUGGCAUCCUAAAGUCAGGAUCAGACCUCUUUCUUCUGUUAUCGCCACCCUGUAGCCCAAAUGCAGAGUGGUAUUAGUGGUAUUAGUGGUUGUGUAGUCCCGUAGGAAAUAAUGGGUGAAAAGGGUGCUGGCUGGCAAUGGUGACAGGGAAGUUUUCGGCAACACCACAGUGAUAUCCAGUAAUUAGUAAGUAGACGAGCUGCUAAUGAGAAAGUGCCAGAGAGAUCAGAUACAGCCCAACAGACCUGCUUUAUAUUCGGAUUUACCAGGGGUAGUUUUCCCUCUUGCCUGGUGCCAUGCCCUGCAGGCGCGCAGCCCUUGCUGGCUCUUGCAGUGGUUUGGCAGAGCACAGGCCCUUUCCAUCCUUCUUUAGGUUUGGCGCUCGCUGCUGUUUUCCUUUUAUUGGGCAACAUAUACCCAUGAAGGGGCCUGGCUAGGUGAAACGCUACCCCCUUGCUGAUCAUUUUUGACAUUGCUAGCGUUAGAUUGGGCUGUUGAAGGGUUUGCCACCAGGUUUUUCUGUCAUCUUGGAAGAAUAAUACAUGUAUUUAUUAUUAAUGGAAAUCAAAGGUGUUUUUAAAUAACAAAGAUUUUUUUUUUCCUUCUGGUGCUGACCUGGUGCCCUCCCUAGGCAAUAGGUGGCCACCUAGGAGGGUGCGUAGAAGAGGAAAGAUUUUAAUUCUUAUUUUUCCCUAAUCAUUCACUGCUGGCCGCUGUCCAAAACAGGAUGCUGGACUAGUUAGACCUGUGGCUUGUCCCAGUGCAGUAGGUUGUGGACUUCAAAAGACAUUUGGGUCAAAGUUCUGGCUCCUGUCUAAGGAGACAUGGAUUUAUAUUUUUGAAUGUCUGAGCACUGAAAAACACCUCACUUGCUCUCCCAGUCCACAGACUAGCAUGCAUCCCUUUUUUUUAAAAAUAAGAAACCAUCAUUAAUUAAAAACUGAUGACACAACACAGCUCAAUUUUAUUACAUUCUCUUCAUCUGGGGACAACCCUCCCAUUUUAUAAUGGCCAGAAAAAUGGGGGAACAAAGUUUAAUUCUGUUCAAUACUCCUGCACUUCUGUUUUGUAUAAUUUUAUAGGAGCUUGUCUAUGAAUUUACAGCUAUGCUCUGCCCUCAGUUACUACAUACUGGGGAAAAGAAAGCCGUUUGUUUCAGUGCAUCUAUGACAAUACUUUUUUUUAGUUGUUGUUCGUAAGAGAUUGACGCUCUUUUGAUUACAGUGGUGGUAUUUCCAUAUUGUAAACAAUACUCUGUACUGUUACUAAAGUACUGUACAUUUCUAGUUGCACAAUUGUGUUAUUGAGUGUAGAUUCUCACUAUCUCAUGUAUGGUGCUAUUUUUUGUUGGUGGAAAAGAAUCUUAGCAGUCGAUUAUUGCUUGAUAUUUUAUUAUAAUACAGGGAUAUAUCCUCCAUGGCAAUAAUAUCAUUUAAGUUUUUCAUUACAGAGUGAAAUGUAUAUAUUUUUCCAUUAGUUAAUUUGCAUAUGUACUGUAUCCAUGGUAAUUUUCUUUUUGGUGCUGGUUAUAAAUAGAAAAGAUAAAGACAGUCAAACUGAAUGGAACCAGUUGUAAAUGAAAAUCAAAAAAAAAGAAAAGAGGAUCAUUCCAUUUUGAA